AUGAUGGCUGAAGUUGAACAAACCAACACGAAAUUACCCCACACGGAACCAGCCCUCGAUCCCAAUCGUGGAACAACUGAGCCCUUACGCGACCCGACUCUACAACUGCCACGAAUCCUUUGUCUUCAUGGUGGAGGCACGAACUCGCGUAUUUUCCAGGCCCAAUGUCGGGCAAUGCGUUCCAAGCUCGAAAAGCACUUUCGGUUCGUGUUUGCCGACGCUCCCUACUUCAGUCAUGCGGGUCCAGAUGUCGAAUAUGUCUAUGCAGAGUGGCUUCCCUUUCGAAGCUGGAGACGACCAGGCUACGCCUUCGGUGACCCAUCACCCUUCACUUAUGCGGACAAAGAGGAAAUUGAAAAGAUUGACGAGGCUCUCGCGGCGGCCAUGAAGCGAGAUGAUAAAGCUGGAGGCACAGGCGAGUGGGUUGGUCUGUUGGGCUUUAGCCAAGGCGCCACCUUGUCCGCCAGUCUGCUCCGAAGACAACAGACCUGGAAUAUGGAUGUUAGCUCAGGCCUAAUGCCUAGUGCACCAGCUACAAACUUCCGUUUUGCUGUACUCAUGGCUGGCUGUGGGCCUUUACUCUGGAUGCGUUCUGAUGUGGUCGACUCUGACAGGCUUGAGCGUGAAAAGUACGAGUUGCUGCAUUUGCCAACUCUACACGUGCAUGGCUUGAAGGACGAGAGGAUAGCAAUGCAUAGGAAACUAGCUGAGUCCUGCAAGAUCAGUACAACAGAGGUGAUUGAAUGGGGUGGAGAUCAUCGCGUUCCCAUAAAGACUGCCGACGUGGCGAGGCUGGUGGAUGGGAUAGUCAACGUUGCUAAGAAAGCCGGUGUUCUUUUUGAUAAAUAG